AGGGGAAUUCCUGGAAAGAACUGUGGAACCAUCAUUGUCACUGCUGAGGAGCUGAACAAUUGCCGAGAUGCUGUGUUAAUGCAGUUUUGUGCCAAUAAACUUGACAAGAAAGACUUUUUUGGAAAAUCUGACCCCUUUCUAGUGUUUUUCAGAAGCAAUGAGGAUGGCAGCUUUACAAUUUGCCACAAGACAGAAGUAGUGAAGAACACAUUAAACCCAGUCUGGCAGGCUUUUAAAAUUCCAGUCAGAGCUUUGUGCAAUGGGGAUUUUGACAGAACAAUUAAAGUAGAAGUCUAUGAUUGGGAUAGAGAUGGAAGCCAUGAUUACAUUGGUGAAUUCACUACAAGUUAUCGGGAGCUUUCUAGAGGACAGUCACAGUUCAAUGUCUAUGAGGUGAUAAAUCCUAAGAAAAAAGGGAAGAAGAAAAAAUAUCUGAAUUCUGGAACUGUUACUUUGCUUUCUUUUCUAGUGGAAACAGAAGUUUCAUUUCUUGAUUAUAUUAAAGGAGGG